UUAACUGUGUUGUGUGCGUGACACUCCGUGUCUUUAUUGUUCCAGUGUCUACACGUCUGUGAUGUGCAUUUGUCUGCGUGACAGUGUUUAGCGUCUUUUGACUCUGACUUCAGUCCAACCUCCUGUGUUUGACCUGAGCAGUGACCAGUGCUUCCCUUCGUGAUGUUUGCCUGUGCUAAAUUCGUCUCCACGCCCUCACUGAUCCGUAUUGGAUCUCGGGGAUUGUACAGGCCACUCUCGUCAGCAGUGGUGUCAGAUGCCAGGAGAGCAGAGACCACUUCCCUCCUGUCACCACCAGGCAUUGCUGCCUCCCAGCAGCAGGUGGCACUGCGAGGUUUCCAGACCAGUGCCGUGAGCCGUGACAUUGACACUGCUGCGAAGUUCAUCGGCGCAGGAGCUGCCACUGUGGGAGUGGCUGGAUCAGGAGCUGGAAUUGGAACAGUGUUCGGUAGCCUUAUUAUUGGUUAUGCCAGGAACCCUUCACUGAAGCAGCAGCUGUUCUCUUAUGCCAUCUUGGGCUUUGCUCUCUCUGAAGCUAUGGGUCUCUUCUGCCUGAUGGUUGCUUUCCUAAUUCUGUUCGCCAUGUAAACAAGAUCUGUAUUUGCUCUAAAGAUGUACAAUCACAACUUCUCCAACAAUUGUUUUGACUGUGUGUCUUUUUAAAUGGUGCGACAAGCUCAGCCUACACGGUAGUUUCUGAAAAGAUUGUGAAACUCUGGCAAAACCCAAGUCAUAUUUUGAUGAUGGUUUUGUCAUUAUGUUGUAUAUUAAUUGUAUGUUCUGUUAAACAUGCAGCCAGUAACAAAAUUAAAACAUUUAAUUAAUCAGAA